AUGAUACGGCUUCUUGGUCCGCCACCUCUACAGUUAUUGAAUAGAGCCAACAGGAGUGUAUACUCUGAACUCUUUGCUGAGCAAGGCGAAUUCAGGCAUCAAUAUUUACUUCCUUCGGAGGAGUUUACUUUUUCCAAUCUAACACCAUUUCUACAAGGAGAGGAUAAACGGCUCUUUCUCCAAUUUGUCAGGAAGAUGCUUCGCUGGGAGCCCGAGCAGCGGCCUACGUAA